AUGUCCAAUUCUAAGAGCUCGGACGAGUUCGAAGCGGCCCAUCUCAUAGAAGAAGGAUCACAUACUGUGGAUGAGGAGCACCCACAUCCCCAUGGAUCGGCGCGAGUUGGUCAAUUCACCGUCGAUGACUUCUUCCGCCAUCCCAUUAGAGCUAUACCUGAUAAACAUCGAAAGCGAUUGUCUACGUUGCUUCGAUUGAGUGGAGUUUUGCUUUUGGUAUUUGGUGGUUACUUCUUCUGGAACUACUUUGAGAUAGAACGCAGUUGCGAGAGCUCAUCACGGCCUGAUGCCCCUAUGCUUUGUGAAUCCCCCGAAUGUGUCCACGCGGCAUCUGAAAUACUCUAUAACCUAGACCCCAACGUCGCCAAUGUCGACCCCUGCACCGACUUCGACCAAUAUGUCUGCGGAGGUUGGCGAGCUCGUCAUGACAUGCGUCCAGACCAAGGGUCGAUUUUUGCGGGCACUGCAAUGGCAGAGAAUGCUCAGAUGCGACUUCGUCACAUUCUGGAGGCCCCAGAUGCACCAUCAUCGGAAGAUAAAGAGAACUUUGGCAAAUUGAAGGCGGCAUAUCAAGCGUGUUUGGAUGAGUCCACUAUCAACAAGCGCGGCAGCAAACCGCUGGAGCAUGUGCUGGCUCAGCUGGAGGAUAUUUACUCCAUGAAGGGAGUUUCCAACCGGGAUGUCCAGAAGAAUUUGACCGAUGCGGUGCUGCAACUAAUAAAGUUUGACGUUGAGGCACUGGUUGUUCCAUCUGUUUCACCCGACGACCGUGAUCCGGAUUCUGUUGCCAUCUUCGUUGUCCCCGUAGAUGAAAUCGGACUCCCUGCUAGGGAGUACUAUAAUAACACGGAUACCGUGGCGGAAUAUACCAAGGUUGCCGAGAAAGUACUAGGAAGCUUUGUUUCCAGUAAAGACAGUAUCAAGGAUGUCAUGACGUUUGAGGCAAAGCUUGCCAAUGCCACGCCUGAUACACAGACUCGCGAGGACAUCACAAAGUCUUACAACCCGAGGACCAUCAAGGAAACCGAAAGUCUCUUGCCGGAGAUCUCGUUGUCUGACAUUAUCUCGGCUCUGGCCCCAUCUGGCUACAAAAAUGACCGCUUGAUUGUGGGUUCUCCAUCAUACAUCGAAUCUCUGUCGAGUAUCCUCAGCGAGACAUCCCGCGAGACUGUCCAACUUUUCUUCAAGUGGAAGAUAAUCCAAUCAUUUGCGGACAGUAUUGAGGAUCCCAAGAUUCGGCCGCUCCGGGAAUUCAACAACAAACUAAGUGGCAAGGAUCCCCAAGCCACGGAAGAGAGGUGGCGUAAAUGUAUCAAUGUGCUCGAUGGGGGCCUUCCUUGGAGCUUGAGUCGAUUCUAUAUCCUUGACUCCUUCUCCCGUGCGUCCAAGGAACUUGGCGAUCAGGUCAUCUCCGACAUCAAGGAGCGUUUCGUAUUCACGCUGGACCAAACUUCCUGGAUGUCGCCUGAGGUAAAGAAGCUGGGAAUCCAAAAGGUUGGUAACAUUGUUCAGAAGAUUGGAUAUCCCACCAAGAGCCCGGACGUAAUGGACCCAUCCGAUGUCGAAGAGUAUUAUCGGGACCUGAAACUGUCCGACGAGACUUUCUUUGAGAACCAACUCGCCAUCGCCGAAUUCUUGAUCCAACGAUUAUGGUCCAAAUUGGGCAAGCCCACUGAUCGGAAUGAGUGGGACAUGAGUGCCCCGACCGUCAACGCAUAUUACAACCCACCUGGCAAUGAGAUUGCUUUCCCGGCCGGAAUCAUGCAGUCUCCUGUAUUUUAUGGACCGUCCGCGCCUUUGUACUUGACUUAUGGUGCUUUUGGAGCGGUCAGUGGACAUGAGCUUUCACACGGUAAGUGCGACCAUUACUUCAGGCCGAAGAUGAGAUCGUUGACAGAUCCACUUUCAGCUUUCGAUUCAAGCGGUCGCCAUUAUGAUGAAACUGGCAAUUAUACCGAUUGGUGGGAUGAAAAGACAGUGGCUGGAUUCGAAGAACGUGCACAGUGCUUUGUCGAUCAAUACUCCGAAUUCACAGUCACCGGACCGGAUUCGAAGCCAUUGCACGUCAAUGGUCGCCUGACCCUAGGCGAGAACAUUGCCGACGCGGGAGGUCUUGCAGCGGCGUUCCAUGCAUGGAAGAAGCGCGACGAGUCGAAGCCCGACCCUCUCCUGCCUGGCCUGUCGACGUUUAGCAAGGAGCAGCUGUUUUUCGUCUCGUAUGCCAAUUGGUGGUGUAGUAAGACGACAAGAGAGGCGGCCCAGUCAGCUAUUUACAAUGACCCACAUGCGCCCAAACCUGCUCGGAUUAUUGGAACCAUGGCGAAUUCUCGGGAAUUUAAAGAAGCGUUUCAAUGCGCGAGUCACGACCCUGUCUGCAAGCUCUGGUAA